AUGGCUCCUCCAGCUACCGCGUCCGAUGACUCUCACCAGCAGCUUCUCGAUCGUCUUGACAUCGCGCAUCUUCCGCGCCCCUUCCGCAACCCGAACUGGAAACCAUCGCAACGACGCAACAAGAAUGUCAAGCAACUUCUUGCAGAGACUUCAAGAAAGGAGGCUUCAGUGAUGGCCACACAGAAUAAUUCUGGCGCAGCGACUCCAGGUGCGGCUGGUACAGGAGCAACGACCGAUGGCACGCAACCCCCCAGCGGUGGCGCUAUCGCGCAGGCAGCAGAGAAUCUGUCGAAUCUUGUACGGGAGAAAAAUGCUCGCUCUAUGUACCCUAGUGGCCCGGCAGUCACCUAUACGAAUAUCGAGUCCGCUCCGUCCUUGCAUCCUUCCCAUCAGAAGCACUACUGCGAUAUCACCGGGCUCCCGGCGCCGUACACGGAUCCUAAGACCAGACUGCGCUAUCAUGAUAAGGAGAUUUUCGGGGUGGUCAGGACUCUCGGCCAGGGCGUGGCGGAGAGCUACCUUGAAGUAAGAGGAGCUCAUGUGGUCCUCAAAUAG